GGCUCAAGGAGACACUGAGCAGACAGCUUUUCAGAGAGCUUCGACUCAGCUGUCAGAAGGGGCAGUAUGGUUUCUGUGCAAGCAAUAGUCACAUUCCAAACUGCAUUAGAGAAAAGCCAGUGGGUUUGCAUGCGGUUAUCAGUUCCAGAUUAGGAAUCUGAUACUAAUUUCUUCUUAGAGCCUGUGGUUGCAGUAAAAUUUAUAUUCUAAAACAAAAAAAAAAAAAGAUUGUAAUGUUUUUCUCUCACUAGCUUGCUCUUUUUUUUUUCCCCUUUUUCUUUUUUUUCUGCCCCUGGCUUUACUCCAAGGACCUUUUCUGCUUGAUCGUUACAUUCUCAAGAUGAAGCACACAGUGGUUACAGCAGUGCUGGUAUUACUGGUGCAGCUUUCUCAGAGUUUCCCUGCCUUGUACCACCGAGGCUGGUGGAGGCUGUUAAGGGAAGCAGACAGUUGUGGAAAAUGCAAUUUGGCACUUUGCUCUGAGCCUAAAGACUGUCCAGCUGGGACUGUAUUGGACCGUUGCGGCUGCUGUCCUGAGUGUGGGAAUGUGGAAGGUCAGAUCUGCGACCUGGACCAGGGCAAUCAUUUUUACGGGCAAUGUGGGGACAACCUCGAGUGCAGGCUGGAUGCUGAUGAAGCGAGGUUCACGGAAGUCCCUGAACCCCAGUGUGUGUGCAAGUCUCAAGAAAGCAUCUGUGGACCCGAAGGGAAAACCUACGAGAACAUCUGUCAAUUCAACAAGGCUUAUGCUACGAAAAGAAAUAUCAGCAUGAAACAUAAAGGGCCAUGUGAAUCAGCUCCUGUUAUUUCUAUGCCACCUCAGGACGCCCAGAAUUACACAGGCAAUGAUGUCAUUUUUGGCUGUGAGGUGUCAGCCUAUCCUAUGCCACAUAUUGAAUGGAAAAAAAAGGGGAAUAAAAUGUUCCUGCCAGGAGAUGAUACCCACCUCUCAGUACAGGCAAGAGGUGGGCCUCAGAAGUAUGGUGUGACAGGUUGGCUGCAGAUUCAAGGCCUCAAAAAAUCAGAUGAAGGUGUUUACAUAUGCCACACCAAAAAUAAGUAUGGUGCAACAUACGCCUCUGCAAGAUUGAAAGUCAUUGAUGGCCCAUCUCCUGCAUUUGCACUUAAUGCUGGCAGUAAAAGUGCAAGCUACAGCAUUGAAUAUGAGGAGUAUUAUGACAAAUCUGAUGAGGAAGAUGAUGAAGAAUACGAAUCCGGGGACUAUGAAAAUUGAAACCACUCUGAAUAAUAAUUUUUAUACAUCUGCUGUUCAAUAUCUUUCACACUCUGUUACAUCUGCUAGUAGUCUCUGUGCUGUAAAUGGCUCCACUGAUAACACACAUACUCACUUUUGUAUCCACCUUCCUGAAAUUCAACUUUGCCUGCAGUGUCCCAUGGUACUUACAGAAGUAAGAACAGUUGUAAAGCCACACAUUCAGACUGUUAAAUAAAAUCCUUA